AUGUCAUUCCUCCCCUCCAUCCGGGCCAACGCCCGCCGAGUCGCACAAGGCACUGCCCUUCGCCCUACAAUCUCUACAUUCCACACCUCCGCGUCGCGAUCAACUCUCAAAGAAAGUGAUAAGAACCGCGAUGACCUUCCCAACCUCUAUGAAUCACAGAAAGAAUCCCAGGUGAAGAAAUCCAAGGAAGGAAAGGGACAUUGGGACCCGAGUCUGGCCAGCAACAGCGAGGCAGAUAUUAAAGCCGAUCGAGGCGAGCUGGGUGGCGGUGAUAAGGCCUUCCAGGAGCUGCAGCAGAAAGAGAAAGCCAAGAAAGGAAAGGUAGCAUGA